AUGGCUUCCUCCCCGUGGCCGCGCACCGCCGGUGCCGCCCCCGUCCCGCCGCCAGAAGAAGCAGCAGCUGCUGCUACCGCCGCCGCCACCCCCGCCCCGACGUCGGAGCAGCACCGGGUUAAGGAGGAAGGAAACGCUGCCGCCGCGGCUGUACCGAAGCAGGAGGAGGAGGAGGCCAAGCCCCACUUGCCUCGGGACGAUGACUCAGAAGCAGUAAUCCAAGAGCAUGAACAGAAGAUCAAUAGAUAUCAAGCAAUCCUUGCAGCCCGUCUGAAGGCCAAGUUUUUCUCUAAAAAGGCUUUUGACAGAGGGAACAUCUUUGAAUCAGAAACCAUUGUUGGAGGUGAAACAAUCUGGUCAAGCAGGUGGCCAUGUACAAGAUCGUUUGCAAACCCAGAAAUUUUUUCCCGCGACAAGAACAGCCAUGAGAAGGGAAAUUCUCCAUCUUCAGCAGCAGAUUCCUCUGCCAAGAACAACUCUCCACCCUUGGCUGGUGAAGCCUCACCAAAAAAUAAUGCUAGUGCUUUGGUCACAGAAAACAAUCUAACACCUGGAAAGAGACAGCAAUCCAAGAAGAAUUGA